AUCUUUGAAAUGGUUUAGCCCAAUUGUCCUCGGAACAGAGCAGUACAAACGAAGGGCUUUUAAACGUCGAGCAGUGCAUUUCCACGGGAGCUCUACCAAGUUAUAGCUUCGUUUUUUUGUUUUGGAGUCGGUCUCUCUUAGCAGAGACUUGAAUCAGCAAGGACUCGUUGCUUUCUUGACACACUGAUGGUCACAGACUCUAAAUAAAGAUGCCCUUGAAUGAUGAGAAGCCCACCUCCACAUCCAGCGCAGAGGACACGGGCAGCGAUGUGGAGUCCUCAUCAGAGGUGGUCAGUGAUCUGGACUGUUCUCGCGACAGCUUCAACAGCGACUUCUCCAGCAAGCAUUGCACGCCCUCCUCAAGCCCACCCAAAAUUUUAUCUUUGGAUGAAGUCAUGGAAUCAGCAAGGGACCUUUUCAACCUCAAAAUUUCUCAUGAGAUUGUGAUGAACCCCAGUUUCCACAUGGAUGUAAACAACAGACCACAGAACAGGUUAUUUGAGGCUGUUAGAGAUAACAUGCACAAGGCUUUCUGGGACAUGCUGAGGGAGGAGUUGAAUGAUGACCCGCCUAAAUAUCAGUUUGCCAUCAAACUAUUAGAGGAGAUCAGAGAGAUUCUUCUGUCAUUCCUUAAUCCGGGUGCUAACCGAAUGCGGACCCAGAUCACGGAGGUCCUAGACAUGGACCUGAUUCGUCAGCAGGCUGACAACAACGCUGUAGACAUCCAAGGUCUGGCGUCCUUCAUCAUCAACACUAUGGGGAAGCUCUGCGCUCCAGUGAGGGAGGGGGAAAUCAAGAAGCUGCGGGAAAGCAGCGACAACAUUGUGAUUCUCUUAAAGGAGAUUUUCCGUGUAAUAGAGCUGAUGAGAGUGGACAGCAUCAACUUUUCCAUUGAGCUCAUAAGGCCUCUGCUGCAGAAGUACAGCGUUGAAUACGAAAGGGAAAAAUUUCAGAAAAUUUUGGACGAAACACCUACUGCGCUAAACCACACCACUGCCUGGAUUCAGGCAGCUAUGGAGGAGGUGUCAUCAGCUACUGUUACCAUGGAAACAAAAACAGACCACGGGGCUGGAAAGACUGUUGUGCUUAGUCCUUUUCAAAUCCUCAACACUGCCUUUUUACACAUACUCAGAUGGGACUACUCAAAGAACCCAAUACCUGAGACUUUGGUGAUGGACGAGUCGCGUCUGCAAGAGAUUAAGUGGCAGCUCAACCAGAGCCAAGCCGUGAACGAGGUCAUGCUGAUCGUCUACAACACCGUCGGAGAGCCCAUCCAGGGUCUCGCAUCACUCUCUGACCGCCUUAAGAGGAUGAUCAGCGUGCUGCUGGAUGGGAUGCACAAACCAGACUUUAAAUCCGAGGAGUCACUAGAGGCCAUCAGUGCUCAGGUUUGCUGUGAACUCAACAAGUCUCUGUCUGAGAGGAACUACCCUGCCCUGACGUCAGAGGUGCAGGCCAUGCUGACUGGACAGAUAUGCAGCAUCACGCAGAAGGACAACCCCAUUCGCACUCUCGUUGAGGAUCGUGUGCAGCAGUACUUCACUGUACUCCUCUCUGACCCCAAACCCCUUACCAAACUUGAACAAGUACCAGCCGGCUUGACUCCGAUCAAAGCUGAACUUGGACUUAUCGGAAGAAAGUUCAUUUCUUUGGUCAACUACAACAGGGCCAUCUAUGGGCCUUUCUAUGCAGACAUCAUCAGAAAGUUGCUUUUCAGCAAUGGUCCACCAGCGGGGAGCCUUCCUCAGAACACAGCACAGGACUCUGUGUCUCAAGACUGAAGAAAACACUGCAGUUUUCUUUGCUCACAAUCCUGAGGUUUAUUGUAAACCUUGAUAGGUCAUAAGAGUUAUAAAAGUAAAGGAGACAAUACUCCCCUCUUGAUUGACUCUGUUAUUAAGGUGUUUCACAUUUUGUAGGUCACUUCAGAUAAAAGUAUCAUGUAAGGUACUAAUGGUAAAAUUUCAAACCUUAAACAGUGUUUGAUUCUACGCUGACGAUGCAUCUUACUUCUCACCACAGGAGUGUCAUUCUGGUUUAUGAGAAUCUGUUUCCAGCUUUUUUUUUCUGAUUACUUAGCUCUGUUGUGUUCUGUCUCAAAGUUUCUAGGGCAGAGUUAGUCUGGAAGUCUUCAGUUUCAGAGGCACUAUUUACCAGGAAAGGGCAAAAACAAUUCUAUAAAUACUUUGGAUGUAAGGAACAUAUAGUUUUACAAGAAAAAAAAUAAUUAAAAAAGCAUAGCUUUAGAUGAUUUACAGAUUCAGAAAUAUUUAUCACUUACUGAUAUUUAUAUACAGUUUAUAAUGUAUGGUAGAAGCCAAAUUUGAACAUAUUACUAUAUAAUUAUGUGGAGCCUAUCUGUUGAAUUUGUUAUUUUGUGUGUGUGUGUGUGUAUCAGUAAAAAGACUAGGUUUUGAUGGGUCAGAGAAUGCAACACAACUUGUCUGCAUGAGUAAAUCUUUUUUGGAGUUGGGCUUUUUGUUGUCGUUUCUGCUUGAAUCUUUUUUUUUUGUCCUAUUCUGUACUUUUUUGCUACCAGUAGAUUCAUUGUUUUGUUUUGUCAUUAUGGUAUUGCUGUUGUUUUAUGUAAAAAGAUAAAGGUGCUAAAAGUGAAAGCAUUGUUUGUGUUUAAACUUGUAAAAGGACCUUAAAAUGCACAGGAAAAAAAAGCAUUGUGUUUCAUUAAUAGAAGUUUACAGAGAAAUUUGAUUCUGUAUUUCAGUUUUGAAAUGAGUCUAAGUAAAUACUGGUCAAAUAAAAGUCAAAUAAG